AUGGCAUCCAGUGCACCAAUAGACGAUGUCCUCGACAACCUUCAGCUCAUUGGAAUCUCAGUGUCACACUUUCUGCUGGAGCUGCUUGCCAACAAGAAAUAUAUCAAUCAUAUUGCUGUCAAAGAUAUCCUACACAACAGACAGCAAAUUGUUGAUGCUCUUUCGAUGAGUGCAGAGGAAUCUCUGAGAACCAAGCUUAAAUGGGCUAUGGAUCUCAUCAAGGACAUUUGUGUGCGUGAAAUGGUGGUGCUGUCAGUGAAGGAGAGUGGUUAUCAGUUCGAUGUGGUACAUACAGCACCAGAGCAAUUAGAGGAAUUUCAGUAUUGA